AUGCUACGAUCGAAGUCUAUUUUCGCGAUCUUGCUAGCCUCGAGCCUUCUCUUUAGUAGAGCUCAAGGAUUUUGGUGGCGCCAAAAAAUAGUCAUCGGCUAUGCAGCACUUUCCGAAGAUGAGGCUACGCGGAUCAAUGAAGACAACAAGCUACAUGUACCUGAUGAGUCCUCACAGGAUCAAUUAGGAAGUGGCUUUUAUAUGGUCAACGAACCUGGUAACUGGCCGAGUGAAGCAGGGCUUUGGUAUUGUGCUAUCAAAGCAAGACGAAGGAGGAUAAAACGUGCUAGCAAAGUCUACGUCCCGAGGUCGUAUGAAAAACUGACCUCGAAUGGUGUUGAGCAACAACCCUUAUGGUUCCAAGACGAAAAAAUCAUCGGGGAGUACAUCCAGUCACAUGCAUUGAUGUCAGAUCCCGAGAAAGCACUGCGUUUCUCACGAAUUAUGAAUCUCAAGAAGCGGCAGCUGCAAAUGGUUAUUCCAACGAAAGCGGUAGAGGAUAAUAAGUUGGAUUUAUGGGCCAAAUGCUUUGAAUCAGAAGAAAAGCUGAAGAGGUUUUCGAAGGGUGUAAUUGAUUGGGAAGGUUGGACGAUUAGAGGAGAGAGAGAUAGGUCACAAACGGGCUUGCCUAAUGGGGUGGUAAGAGAGAGGAGCGAGAGGAGCGAGAGGAGAGAGAAGAGAGAGAGGAGAGAGAGAGGAGAGAGAGGUACCGGUACCUUGCAUUCCUUGAGUCGGUGCGCCAAGAUCUACGGAGAAGCGAGAAGCGACAAUCCAUCGCUCUCAGGUAUUCUUAAGGUUUGGCGACCAGACCUCCGACCUCCCCAACCUCCAACCUCCAACCUCCAACCUCCAACCUCCAACCUCCAACCUCCAACCUCCAACCUCCAUCCUCCAACCUCCAUGUGCGACAUGGGCAUACCGGCGAUGCGCCCGAUCUCUGUCCAUAGCUGCACUGAACCUCACCUCCCACUCGAUCUGUUUCUCCACAGACGGCGCGCAAGCGCAACAUCGGCUCACGUUGCUUUCCACGGCCUCAAGGUUGAAACACCAAGUGGGAGAUCGAUGGCCGAGAAUGGCAUGCAGAGGCCAGCGGCUUUCGCUGGUGUGAGCACCACGGUCCGAAAAAUCCCGCCCAACUUACGACCUUCAGCUUCGAACUCCUCGCUGUCGACUCAAACCCCUAUCUCUGCGAAGCAAGUCGUCGCACUGGCACAAGAGGCAAUGAAGAAUGCUGUUGAGGAGAACCGAACCAAGGCUGCGGAGGCCAGUGAGGUUAGCAACGAGUUGAAGCCAGGAGUUACGAUCGAUCUGAGCCACAAGCAAAUCCAGAAUUUCCCUGAGGAGGUCGUGGAUAUUAUCAAGACUGAGCUGGAGAGGCUUGCCUUGUCACAUAAUAUGAUAUCCACGCUCCCCUCAGGAUUCUCGGAAUGUACCUCUCUACGAUACUUGAAUGUUCGCAACAACUUUAUACGAGAGUUUCCUCAAUCUAUAUGCCAGUUGACUUCUCUCGAAAUUCUGGAUCUCGGCAGAAACAAGCUCAAGAUUCUCCCACUCGAACUGUCCAAACUGACUUCACUUAAAGUGUUGUCUGUCCAAAAGAACAGAAUCGAAGUCCUGCCCUUUUGCCUCGCAGAUAUGGCGUCUCUACAAGUUCUCAAACUCGACGGCAACCCUGUUAGAUUCCCACCCAAGGAGAUCUUGCAGCCCCAAGCUACAACGCCGCCAAAUGGAGGAUUUCAGGAGAAUGAAAUGGACGAUAUUGCUGUUACACUACAAAUCAAGAGAUUUUUGAAGCAGAAGGUUAUAUCAGACCGUUCAGAGACAGAGUCCGGUGGAGAAGAGUCUAGUGAGGGAACCGAGACUCCUCGGCCCAUGAAGCGUGUCAUGAGUGGCAGGUUCCCCAUAAAAGUUAACGGUUCCGAUGUACCGGAUCUGCGAUCGCCAGCUCUACCAAGGCCGCCUCCAAUUCCCUCUCGCUCACAUUACCGGGGGCUGUCACAGCAAAAUGCCGCUUUACGGCGACCAGGUUUCCUGCCCCUGACGAUUGGUAGCGCUAACGAACGACUUCGCAGCAAUAGCGAAAGCUUGCUGCAAGCGAACAGGGACCGCUCUUCGGACCGCUCGAGGAGGAUGGGGAUCGUGUCAAAGAAAUCCGCUGAGUUGGAUACUGUGGACGAGACAAAGACUAAUCGCUACAGCCACUACAGAGGUCUCAGCCAUGGCUCUGCUAUGCAAGGUCCUAAUGGGGUGAAUGGAAAGGUCAAUUCUAUAGGUCCUUCUAGUCCAGCAGAUCCGUCUAUUCAAAGACCAACUUACAUUCGGCGUCUCUCGAGUCUUCCAGAGCGUAAACGAGAGUCAGUCUCGCCUAAUCCUGUUGUCGAGGCCGCUAUCAGCAUUCUCUAUGCGCUAUUUCAGGUACAUCCGCUCAUUCAAAGCCUUCUUGGUGUCACUCGUGAUGGUUCGAACAAGCGAACAAGCCUCGAAAGAGUGUUCUACAAUGCUACGACCCACGUGGACGAGCUCGAUCGACAUAUUCAAGAUUACAUGGACUAUUCCGAGGACCAGGAAGCCCCGCGCUCUUCCGAAAAUGUGCACAGGGCGUGCGUUGCUUGUGUUGGUGCAUAUGUGCAUGUCUGUGGCCUACUCCAGAGAAAUGUAGGAACACUCCUCGAGCAUGGCGAUCCUCGAUACAUUCGUACACUCCUCCUGCUUGUCUUUGGAAGCACUGCAGAAAUUCGCAAUGCUGGGGUUGCGUACAUGCAGGCCAAUCGUCAAUCACUGUCUCAAGUUCUGAAAGUGCAGGAGGAAUCGCGGUUGAAAAGGUUUCCGCCGAGAGAUAAAUCUAUCACGCCGACACGUGAACGGCCUGGCACGAGUUCAAGAGCGCGUAGUGCGACAGUUGUUCAAAAUUCGAACCUCCGGGUCGCCACGGGUGGCCCUACACUACCAUUCAUGAACGGUACUGGGCGAGCUGCCACAAUGACAAAUCGGACCCCUCGUUCCGGGGAAUCCUUCGCCUCAUCGACAGCAUCUGGUAGUCGACUGGGCGGCGAUUUCACUGAAGAGGACCGUAUUUUUGAAAAGAUUUUCCUGCGCCUACAGGAAUCGUCGGAGAUGACCAUCAGGGCUUUACCCCAUGUCAACGGCCACUUCUACAACGCAAUGGAAACCGGGAGUAAACAAAGCAAACCAGACCAGCCCCGAAAAUUCUGGCAACAUUUGAUCAAUCGAACAGCUACGGCGUUACAGACUGCUGAAAACCUUAAGUCCCGGCUCUCUCUCAUUCGAUUGAAGGAUCCCGGGAUCAGAACUCAAGGCAAUUUCUGGGAGCUUUGUAAUGCGUUCAUCAUGACUUACACGGAUCUUGUCAUGAACGUAAAGGAAGCCAAAAGCAUUUCCGCCUCGCUACCGACCGAUGUUAUCAUACUUCUUCGACCACUUCAAAAAGCGAUCAAGGAAACCAGUCAACUGAUACAAACAUCGCCCUGGUCUUUCUUGGCGACACCACAGACGAACGGCAUGUCUAACGGCUCAUAUAUUUUACCGUCAACGGCGUCACAAGUCCAGCUUCCCAUGACGCCCCAAAGUGCUGCACUCGGGCCUGCCGUGCAAGCAACUGUACCCUCCACUCCUCAGAGCGCUUCCUACAACGGCAUGUUCAGCGGUAACGUCUUCGAACGAGCUGAUCACUUGCUAUCUAUGAAUGGAAGUUCAGUCAGCUCAUCACGCAACGGAACCAUGACCUCGAGCCUUAGCUCUAGCGACACGAUGACAUCCGCUUCCAGUAUCACCCCCCUGCAAUCUUUCGGAAGUCGCUUCAACAAUAGUGCCAAUAAAAUGACCUCCUAA